GUUUUGGGUCAACACACUCUGCGUCUCAUCUGGGCAGAGAUGCAGGACAUAACAUUGCCGUCUGAAGUCUCACGGGCACCGUCAAAAGCAGGUGCUCCAGGUUCAGGGACCCUCUCAGCGGACGAGUGGCGGACGUUCUGUACCAUCAACCUUGUCGUCACCUUGGGUUGGGCUUGGGGGACCCUUCCGAGCGGCAGGAGAGAGUAUGCACUCUUCCGAAACUUUAUGGAUCUAGUCACUGCCGUCAAACUAGCAACAGCGAGGUCGGUGACUGAGCAGAGUCUGUGGGAGAUGCAGACGGCUAUGCAUCGCUACCUAACGAAGCUGCUGGAGCUGUUUCCGGGGACGACCAUCAGUCCCUAUCAGCACAUGUGCCUCGGUCACCUUCCUAUGGUCCUCAAGACGCUGGGGCCUGCGCAUGCUAUCUGGUGUUUUGUCUUUGAGCGUGCCAAUUUUAUCAUGCAGAGGAUCAAGACAAAUAGCCGGAUAGAGGAUCUUUCUGUCACUCUCCUCAAUCGUUUCUGUACUCGACAGAACCUGCGGGCGCUAUUCUCCCGUCUGACGCUUCCUCAGGCACUGCAUAAGAUUAUACCAACCUACUUGAAGACUUUCGAGUCCGACACCAGAGGGACCCUUAACGACGUGCUCUCUUUCGACUCGAAGACCGAUGCGACUCUGGACAGUGGGGAAGACGAGGACGCCGACAAAAAGACUCGGCCGCACGCUCUUACGCAGGAUGUUAUUGAGGCAUUGCACACACGUGUGGGCCAAGCAAGCCGUCGUGCGAUCUCUCUGAAGUCCGUGGAAUAUCUGGGUGCUCGAUACAGGCCACAUGCAACGUCCCGGAACGACAGCAUAGUAGUAUUCAGAAUAGGCGGUGAUACGGAGUGGAGAGCCGGACGCAUCCGGGAGAUACUCGCACAGGAAGCUGUAGGCACAGAGACUACGACCGGACCAAGAGAAUGGAGAACGUGGAUCAUCGUCGAGGAGUAUCGGUCCCUAGACCCACAUCAUCGUGAAUUUGACCCUUACAGGGACUUUCCCAUGGCCGGAGGGCGUCUCUUCUACUCAGCAUUCAUGCCCAAGUUGCUCGCUUUGACGGUCCGCGACAUCGUGUGUCAUGCAGCAACGAUCAAUCGAGUCUUGCCUGGGCCCGGGGAUCGGUGUGUGCAUAUCCUACCAUUGGACAAGGUACGAUUCAACUUAACAUCUAUGGAUGAGGAAGCUCACUCGCGCCUAUGUCAGUGGUGA